AUGGGGAAGAACUUGCGAACCAACAGCUCAAACAUGUCGAUACCACAAAGUCAUAAUCCUAGAUGCAUGUGGGGCAUUUUUCAUGUGCUUAAAUACCAUCAUUGGAAUCGACGCUUCAUUAAGAAACGGAUUUUGAACAAGAAACAAGGCACCGGGGAUGAAAAUGCAAAAGAUGAAGCAGUAGAAGGCUCAAAUGGAAAUGUUGAGGAUACGUCAAAACACAAGAAAGGUGAAGCAGCGAACGCUAAGGUUGAAGGAAAGAAGAAACAAACCAGCACAGGAUCUAAAACAUCAGUGAAAUCACGAUUAAAAGCACUUAUAACCGAAGAAGUAGCGAAAAGGAAAGGCCGAGGCAAGCAUCAACGAUGUUCGACGUACCCUAUACAAACUAAAUCUGAUACGGACCAACAUGUCGAUGCUCAUAUCGAUGAUCUUCUCCCCGAAACAGAACAAGGUAGUCCCCGAACAUCCGACAAGAACAAAGGUAUAUGUUACGAAAGCGGUUCCGAGGAUCAAACCGUGUCGAAAUCCACAGAAGAACAUGUUACGAGUGACGAAAACGACGAAGAACAUGGUGUCGGGAAAGGUUGGGUCGAAGAACAAAACAUGAAGAAGUUGCUCGAAAGUGCGGUUUUAUCGCCCGAAGAACUCGAAGCGAAGAAGAAAGCAUUGGAAGAACAUGGCAAAGAUAUUGGUCCAGGGUAUGAAUCUAAGUAUUUAAUGGAUGCUUUAGAUAUAAUUAAAAUGAACCAAGGGUUUUUAUUGACAGUAUUACAAGAUCCUGAUUCACCUUUGGCUCACCAUUUUCAUAAACAUUUAGCAAUUAGUGCUAAAAUGGGGAUGCCACAAAUGGAGGGAUUGGGUUCGAGUGGUUCAACUGGGUCGAAACAGUGUGGGGAAAGUUCGAACCGUGAUGGAACCGGUGAAGAUAUAGGUAGGAAAUCAAUGCCACUGAUAGCUGCUGAUCAUAGAGCUGAAGGGAUACAUAAUUUGAACCAAACAAAGGGUGAAAUGGCUGAUAUGGGUUCGAGUUCGGCGAUGAACCGAUCCGAAAUGGUGAAGAAGAGGUUUAAAAGCCUUAGAGAAAAUAUAAAACAUGUAAUACAAGAGAGAAAAAAAGAGAGGCGUAGGAUAGCAAUGGAUGCUGUUCUUCAUAAAAUCCCACAUCAAAAAGGGUUUUCAAAGGACUUGACAAAGGACAUUGUUGAUCAUUUCAAGGAGCCGUCACGGUUACGAAAGGUUUUCUCUUCGUCUUUGGCUCGACGGGGAAGUAUGCGGCUUGAAAGACGGACAUCUUUUAACGAGGCUAUCGACAAGUACACGCAGCUUUAUGAAUCUAGCUUUAAUAAAGAAGGUAGAGAGGAAAGCAUGUCGAAAAGGGAUGAAAAACGAGAUGAACCGAUCGAUUCGAGUGGUAGGACUAUGAAAAAGCACAUGAGAAGGUUCCUUUCAUCACCCGAAUUAUAUUCUUCAGCUUAUCUCUAUGAAGCAUUGGCUUCCGAGGUCCCAACUAAAGUUUCGGAGUCUUUGGGGUAUAGCUCGGAAGUAGAAACACUCGGAAAAGCUGAGUACAAAGAUAGUUCGAUAGGUGUUAGGGAAGGAUUUCCAAUAUCUUCAAAGCCGAUAUCUCAAGCGGAAAAAGCCGGUGAUGAACUGGAGAACUCGAUGAUCGUAAAGGAUGAUGUUACACAAAUCGAACCGGACAGUAAACCCGUAAUCAUGACUAUUACAGAGCUGGAAGAACCAGUAGAAAGUUCCAAAUUACAAGAACCGGAUAUCGAGCUGAAGCAAAGCUUUGAUCUUCCCAAAGACGAAGUCGAGUUUACACUGGACUUGCAACCCGAAAUCAAGGAUAUUACCCCUACGGUUGCCGAUGUAGGCAUAUACAAGUUCAAGAAAUUCGAACCUUUAAAGGAGUUAGACAUACAUAACAAACACGAAUUCACAUACGUGAAAGAUGUGCUUGAAUUAUCUGGAUUCAGCGGAACCGAAGCGCUCGGCGCAUGGCAUGCGGACCAGCAACCAUUAGAUCCCAUGAUGUACGAGGAAGUUAAAGGCUGCAUUAUAUGUGACCCCAAUUGUUCCAUGGAAGACGAAGAAGUCAGUUAUUGUAAUCACCCACUAUUGUUCGAUUUAACCAACGAGGUCCUCAUCGAUGUUUAUGAACGAUCGUAUAACUAUUACCCUCGAGUUUUGUCUCAAUUAUGUCACAUUCAUCCGAUGCCUAUGGGACAACAUGUGCUUGAGAAAGUGUGGGAGACGAUAAGUUGGUAUUUGAGCUUCAAAACUGGGUACGAUAAACCGUUGGAUUAUGUCGCGAGUAGGGAUCUAAUGAGGAAUGAUGGGUGGAUGAGUUUGCAAUUUGAACAUGAAUGUUUAGGUCUUGAGGUUGAAGAGCAAAUUUUCAAUGAUCUUUUGGAGGAAAUUUGUUCAUCAACAUGAUGGCCUCAAGUGUUAAAAGAAAUUUUGUAAACUUGAUUUGAUUGUGUAAUUAAUACUUGUUUUAAUAUAGGUUAAAGUAUCGGGAA